AAAAGCAUUAUCAGCUGUGCCGUUAUCACUACCAGCUAUCGCCUAUCCGUCAUAAUAAUAAUAUAUUAUAUUUUGUUUUCGCCAAAAAAUUAAAAAACCUAUUUGGAAAUAAUAAUGUAAAUUUUAAACGCAAACGUUUAUCGACGACAAAAUAGUAUCAUCAUUCGGCAAUCGUGCGAGAGCCGAGUCAGAUUUAACCCGCCAAACAUUGCCGGGCCGCGCACGAUGAAGUUCAUCAUCAGCACGUCUCGGUGCUAUGCUGCCACCAAUUGCAGAUUAUUGAAUUUCGAAAACAGAACGUACAAAAACAGUCGAUUUUUCAGGAAUUCAGUAGUUUUGCAAUUACCAAGCAAGGAACCACUGAAAACAGAUACAAAACCUCCGGCUGUUCCACCCUAUAUAAGUGGCAGUAGUGUUGAUAAUGCUAACCAAUAUUUACAAUCUACUGAAAAGAAAAAUGCUUCUUUAAAUAACACAGUUAAGCAUGAUAAUAAUUUAGACAAUAAACAAAAUAUGAACGAGUCAAAGAUCAUAGACGAUAAUAACUUCACAAUGCGACUUGUUAAAAAGAUUGAAAAUUGGUCGCCAUCUACUGCAAAAUAUGCAAGACUGAGUGUUUUUGGGUGUAAAUAUCUAUACAAAGAUGUUCUAGUAUUACUGUCAGCUUAUAAAAAAUAUUAUAGUUCUGAUUUGUCAUCAUUAACUUAUGCUGAGUUGGAGUUGAAGUAUAGGUUGCCAUUACAACUUGUUCGUUUGACACCAAUCCUAAUUUUUUGGCCUGUACCAUUUACUAAUUUGUUUUUGUUUCCAUUAGCGUUCAUGUUUCCUAAGUAUUUGCUAUCUGAACAUUUUUGGACAGAUGAACAACUUAAAGAUUAUUGGAUAAAAGAUCAACAGAACAAUUUUGAACAUAACAUGAGAGUUUUUGAGCAUUUGAGUUUAAUGGCUGAAGAAUGUUCAGAUGAUAUGCUUUUAAAAUGGUUUCGUGUGAUUGAAUGUCUGGGAGCAGGAGGUGUAUCUCCAGUAGAAGACAUUAUUCAAGCCAUCCCAGUUUUUACUAUGUUCCCGUAUCAUUUUAGUACUUUACCUCGUCAACAUAUUAAAGUACUAUUGAAAAUGUACAACAUACACCGUGGAUGGAGAAGAAGAGUGAGGUUAAAGAAAUUAGCACAGUACAUACAAUUAAUGGACAGAGCAAUAGAAUCUGAAGGUGGACCAGAUAAAUUAAAUGAUAGACAAUUAAAAUGGGCGUGCUUAUUUAGAGGGUUGAGCCCUUUUUCAUCAUCUAGGGAAACACUUGUCUUAUACUUAAAAGACUGGAUAAAAAUCUCCUCAAAGAUUGAUAACGAUUCACUCAGCUGUAUACUCCAUUGCCAGGUUUUAUUGGCAUUAAAUCGACCAGAAAAUAACAUACUAAAGAAUACAGAAUCAGUACUGAUGAGAAUGUACAACAACAAGAAUUCAGCAGUUUUGCAGCUACCUAGAAAGGAACCACUGAAAACAGAUACAAAAACUUCAGCAGUUCCACCAAAAAUAAGUGGCAGUGGUGUUGAUUUUUCUAAUCCAUGUUUACAAUCAACUGAAAAGAAAAAUGCUUCUUUAAAUAACACUGAUUUUACGCAUGAUAAUAAAUUAGACAAUAAACAAAAUAUGAACGAGACCAUAAACGAUAGUAACUUCACAAUGCGACUUGUUAGAAGGAUUGAAAAAUGGUCGCCGUCUACAGCAAAAUAUGCAAGACUGAGUGUUUUUGGGACUAAAUAUCUAUACAAAGAUAUUCUAGUGUUACUAUCAGCUUAUAACAAAUAUUAUAGUUCUGAUUGGUCGUUAUUAACUUAUGCCGAGUUGGAGUUGAAGUAUAGGUUGCCAUCACAACUUUUUAGUUUGACACCAAUCCUAAUUUUUUGUAAUAUACCAUUUCUUGAUUUGCUAAUAUUUCCAAUAGCGUUCAUGUUUCCUAAAUAUUUGUUAUCUGAACAUUUUUGGACAGAUGAACAACUUAAAGAGUAUUGGAUAAAAGAUCAACAGAACAAUUUUGAAUAUAACAUGAUAGUUUUUGAGCAUUUGAGUUUAAUGGCUGAAGAAUGUUCAGAUGAUAUGCUUUUAAAAUGGUUUCGUGUGAUUGAAUGUCUGAAAGCUGGAAAUGUAUCCCCAGUAGAAGAUAUAAUUCAAGCCAUCCCAGUUUUUACUAUGUUCCCGUAUAAUUUUAGCUCUUUACCUCCUCAACAUAUUAAAGUACUAUUGAAAAUGUACAACAUACACCGUGGAUGGGGAAGAAGAUUGAGGUUGAAGAAAUUAGCACAGUACAUACAAUUAAUGGAUAAGGCAAUAGAAUCUGAAGGGGGACCAGAGAAAUUAAAUGAUAGACAAUUAAAAUGGGCGUGCUUAUUUAGAGGUUUGAGCCCUUUUUCAUCAUCUAAGGAAACACUUGCCUUAUACUUAAAAGACUGGAUAAAGAUCUCCUCAAAAAUUGAUAACGAUUCACUCAGCUGUAUACUCCAUUGCCAAGUUUUAUUGGCUUUAAAUCGACCAGAAAAUGACAUAUUAAAGAAGACGGAAUAAUAAAUGGUGUUUAUUUAAAAAGGAAAAUAAAUAACCAUUUAAAACGUAGACGAAUUAAGCCAUUGUAAUUACAAUAAUAAUUAACUCUAGUCUGUACUUUUAUUUUGUAGUAUAUUCAUGGGAAGAUAGACUAUUUUUGGACCGCCGGAAAUUUAAGAAAGGGCCCCCACAUAAAAAAACUACUUGAUGUCAUUGCUACAAACGAUAUAAAAGGGCACCUUUGUCCAAAUAUGGAUGGGAGCCCACCAGGAAAUUCUCGGCUUCUCGGUAGGCCUAUCUGUCCAAAUUAAUAUCCAGUGGUGUUAAUAAUAUUUUGUCUUGGUGAUAUUUUAUUUUUUUACGUUGCAAUUUUGUUAAAUAAAGUUUUAUUUCAAUUUGA